AAUGUCCACACAGGCUCACGGAUAUAAUUCAACAAUUUCAAAAACAAUUACCAAGUCUUCAAAAGCAUCUCGUUUAUGAUGAACAUUCGGGAUUUACCGGAGUCAUUACGGAAGCAAUUAUGGGAUUCAUACACACACACAUAUAUAUAUACAUAUAUUUAUAGCGAUUACAAGGAUAACAUUUUGACAAGAACAGCAUUGAUAAAUUGCGUAUGUCUUAUAAAAUAAUUGUGAAAUCUAGUAGUGUGGAAUCAUCGAAUUUCUACAUUUCUUUGAUUUCUGUAAAGCAUUACUUUGCUCUCUUUCUCUGUCUUGCAAAAUAAGUUUUAUAUAGAAAUACAAAUAAGUGAGUGUGAACAAAGGAGUGUGAUUGUAGAACAAAAAUGGGUAAUUUAGUUAGCCAAGCAGAAGAAGCAGUGAACAGUGAACAAACAAAUUCAUUUAAUGGAUCUGAUUUUAUAGGAGAAAACUCUAAUAAUGUAAAUGAAGGGAUUUUUCCAAAAGAUAAGUCUGCAAAUAUAGAUACUAUUGUACCAUCAAAAUUUCUUACAAAACAUGAUUUUAUUACAACAUGGUUCUCUUGGAAGAAUGAAUUUCUUGCUUAUAUAAAAGAUAUUGAUAAAACAGAGGCCAAUAAACAAAUGUGGGGUAUCAUGCUUUUAAAUCGUAUGGGCCCUGUUGGUCAAGAAAUUUAUAGAACAUUUUCUUUUUAUGAUAAAAGUUCAGAAGAAGAUAUAAAUGUACUGAUAAAAAAAUUUGAUAUCUACUGUAUAUAUGGAGAUAAAAAAAAAGAUGAGGAGGAUAUCGAUAAAUAUAUAAAUGACUUGAAACUCACUGCUAUUGCACAUAAUUAUGCUGAUCCCACAAGUAUCAUGAAAGAGAAAAUUAUAGACGAGAUCAGUACUCAGUGUUAUACAGGAAAAGCUGCACUUUUCAUAGAACAUAAAGGGAAAAAUUUUAUACCAUUUUUACAAUCAUUAGAUCUCAAUAAUAUUAUUCUGUUUUGGAAACAAUGUGAAGAUUUAAUGGUACAAGGAAAUAACGAGAAAAUACUGAAACAGAAUUCUGUCCAUGUAACAUCAAUUAUAAUAGAAUGUAAUCGAUGUGGUACAACACAUAAUCCAAAUCGAUGUCCAGCUUGGGGUGUGCAGUGCACCAAAUGUAAACAGUUUAAUCAUUUGAUGGAGUAUUGCAAAAUUAAAUACGUGAAUGAUUGUACUAAAUGCGGAACGAGUCAUAUUCAGUCGCGUUGUCCGGCAUUUGGUGAGCUGUGUACAAACUGCGGCAAGAGCAACCAUUUUUCAUGGAAAUGCCGGAUUCCCUUCAUAAAAAAUUGCUUGAGAUGUGGCAAAGAUCAUAUUGCAUCCGCGUGUCCUGCACAGGGACAGAUAUGUCGUCGAUGUAACAAACCAAAUCAUUUGGAAGAACUAUGUGCAAGCAAAUUGGAUGAUAGUACAGAGCAGUAGAAGUGUGAUAAUUCAUUUUCUUAUUAAUAUUAAAUUUGUAUAAAAAUUUAUAUAAAAAAAUGCAAUACUAUAUAUUUUUACUAUAUAAAAUUUUUACUAUUUUUUAGUUUUUGAAUAUAGAUAUUAAUAUUGUACAGUUAUUGUAUCUAAUAAUAUCAAAACUUGAUUUGGAACAUAAGUAAUAAUAUUAUAUAUAGAUAAAUAAGGAUAAAAAUAAAUAAUAAUAUUAUCAAGA